AUGGAGGAGAUGCGGAGAGGAGUGCCUUUGUGGCAAGAAGAGUUAGCGAGUCUCAUGGACGGGGGACUACAAUACGACGACGGAUCUCCCAUCGGUCAAGAUUCCAGGUCGGGUUUCGAGUCGUCGGUGGAUGGAUCCGGGUCCGGAUCCGAAUCAACCGAGAGUUUGAAGGAUCAGGUCACGGGGUUUAUGAAGUCGUGGGGAGAGAUGCUAAUGGAUCUCGCCGUGGGAUGCAAGGACGUCGUGCAGCAGACUCUGGUCAGCGAAGACUCUGUCGUCGUGCGUAAGAUCCGUAAGCCAGCUGCUAAGCUAAGCUUCCUCAACGAGUACUUGCCUGAGGAUCGUGAUCCCGCUCAUGCCUGGCCUGUCAUCUUCUUCGUCUUCCUCAUUGCUCUCGCAGCAUUAAGUUUUGGUUCUGACAAUUCAACAUCCGUCCCCGUGUUAAAGAAACUCCGUCUGCAUCCUCCCGGUGCAAGCCGUGUAGAGCUUCCUGACGGUAGAUAUUUAGCUUACCAGGAGCUUGGUGUUUCAUCCGACAGAGCUAGAUACUCUUUAAUCGUUCCUCAUUCUUUUCUGUCCUCUCGUCUUGCAGGUAUACCUGGAGUAAAAGAUUCGUUGCUCAAGGACUAUGGUGUACGUCUAGUGUCGUAUGAUCUACCAGGGUUUGGAGAGAGUGAUCCUCAUCGUGCUCGUAACCUUAGCUCAUCGGCUUCGGAUAUGAUUGAUCUAGCUUCUGCUCUUGGGAUCGUUGAGAAGUUCUGGUUACUCGGCUAUUCUAGUGGCAGUAUGCAUGCUUGGGCUGCGAUGAGAUACUUUCCUGAGAGAAUAGCUGGAGUUGCAAUGAUAGCUCCUAUGAUCAAUCCAUAUGAGGCGAGCAUGAGUAAGGAAGAGACGGCGAAGACGUGGGAGCAGUGGCUAAGAAAGAGGAAAUUUAAAUACUUUUUGGCUCGUAGGUGGCCGAGUCUUCUUCCUUUCUUCUACCGUAGGUCCUUCCUCUCCGGUUAUCUUCAACCGCUGGAUCAGUGGAUGUCAAUCUCAUUAGGUGAAAAGGACAAACAUGUGAUGAGAGAUCCAGUCUUUGAAGAACAUUACCAAAGGAACGUGGAAGAGUCUACACGCCAAGGAACGGCUAAACCAUUUGUGGAAGAAGCCGUGUUACACGUGUCAAACUGGGGGUUUAACCUUCCUGACUUCCGCUUGCAGAAAAAGUGUAAAGCCAACGGGGUACUCUCUUGGCUAAUGUCGAUGUACAGCGAGUCAGAAUGUGAGCUUGUUGGGUUUGGGAAAACCAUACACUUAUGGCAGGGUAUGGAGGACCGAGUGGCACCACCUUCAGUGACGGAUUACAUAAGCAGGGUUAUACCAGAAGCAACGGUGCAUAGACUACCAAGCGAAGGGCAUUUCUCGUACUUCUUUUUCUGUGAUGAGUGUCACAAGGAGAUAUUCUCUGCUCUAUUUGGAGAACCGCAGGGUCCAAUAGAGUUAACAGAAGAAAGAACAGAAACUCAUAAACCGGAUCAACCGGAGACAGGUUCAUCCAACAUUAGUACUACCUAAGGGUAAGUGAACAGAGUUAUAGAACUAUAGAAACACGUUGUUCUGGAACUUUCUUGCCUCAUAAAGAACUGUGUAAAUAACACCAAGAGGAUGCUUUCUUGCCUUUUUUCAUUUCUUGGUUGAAACUUUCAAAUUUGAUAUAUAGGUUAUAAAGAACCAUACUUCAUUUUA